GGCGAGAGGCCAAGCAGGUUUGGAGCAGGACUGGCAUCUUCCCCUCUUGUGCCUCCGAGUUGCGCAAACUCCUCCCCGCCCCGUAGAAAACCACCCAAAUUUAUGUAACUUGGGAACUAAUCUUCCCUAAUCUUGAGCGAGGCAUGUUAUAAUCCGCCGAAAAGAAGGCCGCUUUAUGCGAGCGCCGAGGUGGAGCAAUGCGAGGCAACAAAAGAGGCGUGGGGAGGGCGGAAGGGAAGGAGGCAAAGGUCGCUCGGCCGGGCGCUCAAAACCCGGGUUGAGCGGCUCUCGGGAGAGCCAUGAAGACCUCCGGGAUCUUCUUCUUCCACGGCCUGGGCCUGGCCUGGUACGCCUACCUGGUCUACGCCAUCAGCCUCAUCACCAAGAAGAACGUGGAGAAGCCCUCCGACGUCUUAGCCUACGGCGGGCAGUGGAAGUUUCUCACCGUCCUCAACCUGGCUUUUCAGGCCGUUUUCUAUGGAGUCUCCAUGCUUACUGAUGCAUUUGUACUAAUGAAGAAACAUCGAAUUGCGAAGUCCAUGUUUUCCUUCAGAGACCUGCUUUUUGGUGGCCUGGCUUUUCCUCUGUCUAUGUUUGUGUUUACAAGCUUUUGGAUGUUAUACUCUUAUGACCGGGAGUUAGUUUACCCCAAGAGCCUUGACUUGGUCUUUCCUGUGUGGAUGAAUCAUGCAAUGCACACUGCUAUAUUCCCCUUGACCAUGUUGGAUCUCUUCAGUACCCCUCGUCGUUAUCCGUCAAAGGGGAAAGGGCUCAGCCUAUUAGGAAUUGGUGGUUUUUCCUAUUUGUGUUGGGUCCUAUGGAUUUACUCUGUAACUGGAAAGUGGGUAUACCCUGUGUUUGAAGUUCUAAGUCCGCUCGCCAUAGCAGGCUUUUUUCUGGGGAGUUUUAUCAUCCUAUUGAUUAUGUAUAACACAGGAGAAUUUUUCUGCCGCAUGAUUUGGGGUGACUCAAUAGUAAUACUUGACAUUUACAAGAAGAAGAGCAAAUGAAACAUUGAUGUGCCUGCGUAAGAUCUAGAGGAGUUAUGAAACCAAGGAAGACCAAUUAUGAAACCAGUGAAGACGAAGAAGGAGAUCUUCUUAUUUGAAACUUUUCUUCACCCCAUUUGAACAUUUCGUAUUUUUCGAUGAAUAUAAAUAUUAUACUCCGCACAAAGAAAACAAGUUUCAGGUGGUAUUUUGGGGAAAUCCGGUUGGGCAGAACUAGCUUAAAAUUCAGAAAGUUGAAAAAGCCCAGAAGAAGUCCCAAAGUGCAUCAAGCCACAUGCCAAGCCUGCUGAAAUUUCUCUAGUUUCUUGGCAUGUGCAAAUUAAUAGCCAGUACAUAUCAUGGUAUAGAAUCCUGUAAUGUUGUGGCAAAUGUUUUGAGAUGCAACACCACCCUUAUCUGUCUCUAGCCCCUCACUAAGGUCCUGAUGGAGUCACAGUGGUCUUGAAGACCUUGGAUGUUCAUGCAUGCCUUUCAUGUUGUUGUGGAAAUGAACAUUCCUAUAAUACUAGAUGUCUGCUACAGGUCUUCUAGUGAAGAUUAAGUUAUUCUCCCAUCUCUCAAAAGACAGUUUUAGGGAAGAAAAGAUUGGAGAAGCCUAUAUGGCAGUGGUUCCCAACCUUUGGGCCUCCAGGUGUUUUGGACUUCAGCUCCCACAGUUCCUAACAGCUGGUAAGCUGGCUGGGAUUUCUGGAAGUUGAAGUCCAAAACACUUGGAGAUCCAAAGGUUGGGAGCUACUGCUAUACGGAGAGGAUCAUUGCAAGCUGGAAUGUUUUGGGCUCUCAUAGAUGAGUACACUGAAGGCCUCUGGGGAGCUACAGUCUAUAAGACCUGAUACAGAUCACAUCUAGAGUUAAAAUUAACACUAGAAUUAAACAAUUUUGUACACUCCAUCCUUCUCCAAAUCAGUCUGAUGAUUACCAUGGGAUAAAACUGAAUGAUGGCAUUCUUCUUCCCAAUUAUUUAAAAAAAGCGAAUAGUUACAGAUUAAGUAAGAAGAACAUCCUGUCCCCAAUUCAGUGCCUUAGAAUAAGUCAUUCCUGGUGUCAGCAUGGCUGCAAUAAAAUAUUUGGAAAUUUUAAGUAUUUUUUUAAAAAAGAUAUUUUGAGAUUCAUGCCAGUUAUGUGGCUUUUUUUCACUUGGGUUUCAUAUACAGUAGAGUCUUAGUUAUCCAACAUAAACGGGCCAACAGAACGCUGGAUAAGCGAAAAUGUUGGAUAAUAAGGAGGGAUUAAGGAAAAGCCUAUUAAACAUCAAAUUACAUUACCAUUUUACAAAUUAAGCACCAAAAACAUCAUGUUUUACAACAAAUCGACAGAAAAAGUAGUCCAAAACAUGUUAACGUUUUGUAGUAAUUACUGUAUUUAUGAAUUUAGCACCACAACAUCGCAAUAUAUUGAAAACAUUGACUACAAAAACAUUGGCUACUAACAAAUUGACUACAAAUAAAGAUAGAAUUGCAUAAAAUGAAUUUACAGUAGCAACAUUGUCAGAAAUUAUAUCCAUAAAAAGUUCAGUCCUUGCUGUCUAGAGAAACAGCUGUGAAUUGGGACAGGAGGCAAACUGCGUUGGAUAAUCCAGAACAUUGGAUAAGCGAAUGUUGGAUAAGUGAGACUCUAUGUUGAUCUGGAGUCAAAAUCAUGCAAUUAUGGUGGCUUUGUGAAUGCACUGACAAAUUGUAUCAUUUUUCAACACGGUUCAACAUACAUAUCUCUGUCAUAUUUUAUGUUCAUUUGCUAACUUUUCUAGUUUCACUGAUGAGCCUUGGUGUCUUAUUACAGCUUAGAGCCCUGGAAAAAGUUUGAAAAGAAAAAAAAUAAAGAAAUGAAUAUGA